ACUGUUGCCUAUGAAAGAAGAACUGGGGACCUAAAUAUUCAGCCUGUUUUCAUUCAAGUGUUCCAGCUGUUAUACACACAGCAUCCAAAGACAUAUCUGGGCUCAUCGGAGUGUAUAAGGAGCUGGCAUCUGGAACUGAACUCCAAAGAUAUACUCCAGAAAUGUUACUGAACAAGUUGUCUGUCUGUGCAAGCCCCCAAAAGUAUGCCUAAAUGGCCGAGCCCAUUCACCCUGUGAACAAAGAAAGGAAAUAAAUCUUCUGGAGAAUUUUGUGGGUGCCACUGCUGUCAGCAUCUCUGAAGUAUCUUCCAUCUGAGAAUUACCAGGUCUUACAAGAAGUUCCUUCCAGUCCACAGUGGAGGACAUCAAGAAAACUGUAGAAAAAUUCACAUCCUCCAGAUUGUCAGUCCUGUCACAGUGAGCGGCAGGUAACUUAUAAGCUCCAUCCACGGAAAAAAAAAAAGAAAGAAAAAUAGACAAGAGGAGUGAAAACUCAGAUAUGCUGAGCCUGAAGUAUACAGCAUCCUUUAGAAGGUCUCAUAACAGAAGAAUUCAAUUAAAUAUAAAUAAUUGGUGAAAACAUUUAGGUAAAACAUUUAGGUAAAUUGGAAUCCUCUUUCUCUUAACCAAAACUGUAGGAGUGUGAUAGAAUACUUGGCUACCAGUAUUAUAAGGACAUUUCACCAUAGUUGUUUUCAUUGUUAUCAGAGCAGGGCUGAAUAAAUCAAAAGAUUUAUCUAUAUAUUUUAAAGAAAUGAUUAGUAAAUUCUGAUAAAGCCUAUUAAGGAGGGGUAUAGUGUGCUGGAGAACAGUGUGGGGAAACUGCCAAAUUAGAACUUCACUAUUUUUUUGUUUGUCCACUUGACUCUGAUUAUCAUCAUUUGUAUGAAAUUGUUAGAACAUAACCAAUACAUUCAGUGAUAAUCAAAGUGACAGUGGAAUGCCUCAGGGGCACUAGAAAUCAGAAACAGAAGUGACUCAAGUUUUGAGUGAUGACAGAGGUGCAUUUCAGAUAUCAUGGAAAUCUCACUGGGAGGGCCCAUUAUCCCACCCUGGCUACAGAGGUUGAUACCACUUCAGAUAAGUAUUCCAACCUAUACAUGUAUGUGGGUUUAUUCUUGAGCCUCCUAGCCAUUCUCCUCAUCCUGCUCUUCACAAUGCUCCUUCGACUCAAACAUGUCAUCUCACCCAUCACCUCUGAGAGCACAGAAAGUGUUCCUCAAUUCACAGAUGUAGAGAUGCAGAGUCGAAUCCCCACUCCUUAAACCAGGAUGGUGAGAUUUAGUAGAUCUCAGCAGUCAUUUUUAUGCUAAUAUUCAAGAAAGCUUGCUUUGCAACACAUAGCUUCUCAUGUAAGAAAUCAACAAAUUAAUGCUUUUUCUGUGUUAUGCUUUAUCUGGACUUUAUUUGUGUGAUGUAUAAAAUAUUAAAGGCACAUUCUUUACCAGGAAUAUAGGAACUGGCAAUUGGUUGCAAGGGCAGGUUUCCAUAGUAACCAAAGAGCACCUGGACCUUAAGCAAACCUCAGACCACAGACAUUCAUAUGCAGUUAUAGUAAGAGACACUGGAUCUCUGGAAACUCCAAGAGCAAACAAGAAGAAUUUCCCUUCAAAACAACUGAUUGUUUAAAGAGGGUACCCUAAGAAAAAGACAAUAAUUAAUUUAGCACAUGGACCCUAAAAAUGAUCAACAUGAGGCUAAAUCAUAUCAGAGAUUACUGGAAGAUAACACUAACCCUUCCCCAAAGGAGCAGUGAUUUUAUCAUCCAAGCCCACUGGAUUUGUCCCAAAUGAAAGAAGAGAUUUAAAGAAACUUUCAGUUUAAAAAGCAUAUAUAUUAAUAAUAAUAAUCUAGAGGAAAGGAAUGUGCAUUUUAUACCUGUGUUAUUAUUAUUACCAGAAUUUUAGAAACUCAUAUAAUGGCAGAUGUAUUACAAAACUCUGGAAUGAUGACCUGCCCCCAAACCAAGCGAAAAUUAAGGCAAAAUAUGCUCAU